AUGUCUGACCCUUUCAACGAUUACAGUCAAACCGAUUCCGCAGUGUCGUACGAAACAACGACGCUGAACUGUUCCGUCCCUGUUCUGUCACUUCUCGCAACUUUAUUUGGUUGGGUGGGUGGCUUAGUCAUAUUUCUCCUCGAGAAGCAGAACGUGUACGUCCGUGCCGUUGCUCUCCAGUCGACAAUUAUCAACUCCAUUUUCUUUGUAAUUGCAGUCUUCUUCUUGUGCUUCUACUGGGCUGGGCUCUUCUUCGUCGUGAUGUUCUGGAUUGCUUUCUCAGUCGCGAUCCUCGUCGUUGUCGCUCUUGCCGUCCUUGCCUUCAUCAAGGCGAAGUCUGGCGUGUUUUUCGGUAUCCCCCCACUUGGCGGAUGGAUCCUUUCUAUCGCUAACCACUAA